GUUCUACCGUCUGUAGCGCAUUCGCGAACUACUCGAUAUCCUCAGAAUUGAUGAGUGUCGAAGGCGGAAAAUUUAGUUGGAUCGAAAAAGUAAACAACAUCACAAGCUUUGAUGAACUAUUAACGAAAUACGUGGCUAACAGUUACAUCGAGUGGAGUGGUAUGAAUUGCACGAGUCUUAACUCUUCCUCGAUGUAUGCUAGGUACACUACCACAAUAGUAUGCGCGGAGUUGGUGGAGAAUGAAAUUUCAUUGCCCUGCAUUCAAAGCUUGGGUUAUGAUACACUUCUGACAAGCACCGUCGAAUCUACCGCUACCACACAGUCCUCAAUUGCAACUCCGUCAGGCAUCUCCAUCCCUUCCCCUUUUCGAAGGUUGUGUAGUAGUACUUGUCAAGAUCACAUCCACUCGCUGCAAAAUUUCUCCAACAGUCUUAGUCAGAGUUGCAAUAGUACAUCACCGAUAAGCUCGGUGUUGAGUUCUGUGAGCAAUUGGUGUGAACAAGAGUCCAACGUGUCCGACGAUUCGACGUGCAUUUCUGGAGAUAUGAAUGAAAAUGAGUGUGGUGAGUUUACUUUCUCUUUUUGGGGGAGGACGCAAUGUGAUUGGAUGUUUGGUCACGAAUGGGAUCAUUUAUUAGGAUUUCGGGCGAUGAGACUGAUUGAACUUACAAGUGAAGAAGUAAAAAUUUUAGGAAUUCGGAUAAUGAAAAAGAAGGUGGAUAAACGAGUUUCAUAUUUCACCGAUUAUCAAUAUCUCAAGGCACCAAACAGCGGUGGCGAUGGAAUUUCGACAGAGGUGACCAGAGAAACAUACACACCGGGCAAUUAUGCGAGACCAUUGUCUAAUAACAGCGUGGACGAUGGCGGCGGUAGGAUGGUUCAAGUGAGACAAGGGGAAGUACCCUUAGGAGGUGGUGCAACACCUUCUACACACAGUUCGAGAGUUUUGAGGUUGAAUGAUUACACUUACCAAGUUGAUCCGCUCUCCUUGGAUUUCAUCGAGGAGACUCUACCGCAACAAAACCCCACCACCGAUUCGGUUAUUAUGGGACAGCCGAUAUUGGUGAUAGUGGUGUACCCAUACUCAUCACAGAUGCCCGACGAGCUAGAUUUGACGGAGAAUGAUAUAAUAGAGGUGAAACAGAUGUUUGAUGAUGGGUGGGCGGUAGGUGUGAACCGAAACACCGGCAGGGAGGGCGCAUUUCCUAUGGUCUGUGUGAUCGGUUUUGAUCAGGUUCAGAUGAAUAAUAGUGCAUUUAUCGACAGUAGUGAUGUUUAUGUGGAAGAUUCGAUAGGGGGAAGUAACGACGGUGGAAUUUAUAACAGAGGUGGCGUGAGGACAUUCGCCGACGAUACAUCGUAUGAGGAUGAAAGUGGAAUGGAGGAAAGCGGCAGCAGCAAUAGAGGUGUGGACAGCAGCUUGUUCAGUGGAAUGGAUGAGAGUAGUGGUAGUAACAGAGGUGUGAUCUCAAGCUCCGGUCCCUCUUCAUCAAGUUUGGAAAAUGAAGAGUCGUUGCAACAACGUCUUCACGCCUCAAAUAUAUUCGGCAGCGUGGCAGAAUCGGGGCAAGAUAACAUCAGAAUAGAAGUCGGCGGUGAGAUAACGGAGUCCACCAAUGAAACCAAUCUAGCGUCGGAGACGGACGGUAAUAAUAGCAGUGGUAACGCGGGAACAAGCGGUCCAAGUGAUGGUGACGUGGACACCACCACCACCAACUCAUUGGGCGGUAGAGGUGAUAGGCUCAACGUAAUAUCCCCAACACCCAGUAUAACAAUAAGAAGGAUGAAUAAUAGUGGAAGAAUAAUAUUCCACGGAUCGCCGACCCCGUCACAAAUAUCAUCAUUCGAGGGUACACUGUCACAAGGAAGCAUUCGAAGCGGCAGAAUUAACGCCGAUAAUGUGCCACGACGAAAUUCUAGCAUGAGAAGGAUGGGUGGCCAAAGGGAUACCAGUGCAAGUGAGGAAAAUUUACAACACAUGCCUAGAUUUGUAAACACUGGUGGAGUUAGAGGAAGUGUACAUAAUGUGGUGCAAAGUUUAGAGGAGAGGGUCGGGGAGGUUAACAGUGAAUUGGAGCGC